AUGGCUUUUGAUCCAACUGAUAUGCAAGAUUGGAUUCGUUCUGAUCAAUAUCACAAUCGUUUUCUUAUUCCUCAUGACGAUGCUCUUAGUUCUGCAUUAAAUUUAAGUGAACAAAAUAAACUUCCCGCUUAUGCGGUAAGUGAAGCACAAGGUAAAUUUUUGAAUCUGUUAGUCAAAAGUAUUCAAGCUCGACGCAUACUGGAAAUUGGAACACUUGGAGGAUAUUCGACAAUCUGGUUGGCUAAAGCACUUCCUGUAGAUGGUGAAAUUCUCACAUGUGAGAUUUCUGAUGAAUUUGCCAAGAUUGCACAAAAAAAUAUUGAUAAUGCUGGUCUAACAAAUAAAGUAAAGAUACUGGUCGGUCCUGCAAUUACAUUGCUUCCUAAUAUUCAUCCAGAUGCUAGUUUUGAUUUAGCCUUUAUCGAUGCUGACAAGCAAUCGAAUGUUGAAUAUUUUAUUCAAGCGAAACGAUUAGUAAGGAAUGGAGGUAUCAUUAUUGUUGAUAAUGUCGUACGUAAUGGACGAGUAGCCGAUCCAGAACAAAGUGAUGCAAGUAUUGAAGGUGUUCGUAGACUGUUAGAAUAUAUUCAAAAUGAUUCAACAGUUGAAGCAACUACAUUAGCAACUGUUGGAGAAAAAGGUUAUGAUGGAUUUUUGUAUGCUAUAAACAAGCCUUCUAAUAAUUAA